GAUUUAUUCCCAGACUAUUCGCCAAUCCGAUGGCAGCCUAGUGGCUCUCAAAUCCCCAUCUGGGAAAUCACUAGUCGUGAGACCUCAAUGAACGCAAUGGAUACGAAUCGCGCUUCCCAUCACAUCAUCACAUUGGACUCCACCGCGAUGGCGACUAGAUCAGUGACAUGUCUGCGAAACCCAGAGGGUCGUGUUGGUAUUGCUGGAAAGGGACUGCUGCCCCAAUUCGGUGCUAACACCGCCUGUAUUGUCAUCGUGGAGCGAAGUGGAUUUAGUAAUGCAGAUGAAGUUCUCCUUCAUAGGGGCGUUCGGGCACAGGCUCAGUUUCCGUGGUUCCUCUGUCGUCAUGGGCUGGAUUGCAGUCAAAACUCCUGCUAUACGGAACUUGUAAGAGAGUUCUGCCAUAAAUUGGUGAUGGUGAGCGGAAAAUCCGAGAUGAUUGAUUCCACAUUACUGAAGCAAUUCAUUAAUUCAUACAGCAAACAUGUGUAUUUAGGUCCGGUUUCCGAUCCAAUAAACUGUGACAAUGCUUGGCUUGAAGUGACUGUGGUUUACUUCAAGAUUAUCUCGCCUUUUAACUCCAUUAACAACAUAAAAGAGGUAUGUUUCGUUCCUCAUCCGGAUAUGCUACGACUAAAUUCUUUUAUGAUGGUCUGCAGGUGUAACUGGUAUCAACCGCUAGUACUGUAG